AUGCCUGAUAUUUCAGUUGACGUUCUCGUCAUUGGCGCAGGGCCCACGGGUCUGGGUGCUGCCAAAAGACUGAACCAAGUCAAUACUGCUUCAUGGCUGAUCGUCGACAACAACGAAAUCCCUGGCGGCUUAGCCUCAACAGAUGUAACCAAGGAAGGCUUCCUCUACGAUGUUGGAGGGCACGUCAUUUUCUCCCACUAUAAAUACUUCGACGACUGCAUCGACGAGGCUUUGCCCAACGAGGAUGACUGGUAUACACAUCAGCGCAUUUCCUACGUCCGGUACAAGGGCCUCUGGGUUCCCUACCCGUUCCAGAACAACGUCUCCAUGCUCCCCAAGGAAGACCAGGUGCUAUGUAUCGAUGGCAUCAUCGAUGCAGCUCUAGAAGCAAGAGUCGCAAACACAAAGCCCAAGAAUUUUGACGAAUGGAUUGUUCGCAACAUGGGAGUGGGCCUUGCAGAUGUUUUUAUGCGACCCUACAACUUCAAAGUCUGGGCGGUUCCCACAACAAAGAUGGGAGUCGAAUGGCAAGGCGAACGUGUUGCUGCCCCCAACGCCAAACUAGUUACGAGAAAUGUCAUCCUCGGGAAAGUUGCCGGUAACUGGGGUCCUAAUGCGACAUUCAGAUUCCCUGCAAGAGAUGGCACAGGUGGCAUAUGGAUCGCUGUAGCCAAUACCCUGCCCAAAGAAAAGAAGCGAUUCGGAAAGAAAGGCGCGGUCAAGAAAGUCAAUGCUGACAAGAAGGAAGUGCUUCUGGAAGACGGCACCACUGUUGGCUACCAGAGGCUCAUCAGCACAAUGGCUGUAGAUUCUCUGGUAGAGGCUAUGGAAGAUGAGAAGCUCGUCAAGCUCAGCAAAGGUCUCUUCUACAGCAGCACGCAUGUCAUCGGAGUGGGUGUCCGUGGCUCUCGCCCGGAGCGUAUUGGUGACAAGUGCUGGUUAUAUUUCCCCGAGGACAACUGCCCAUUCUAUCGAGCGACCAUCUUCUCCAACUACUCUCCAUACAACCAGCCACAACAAGAUGUCAAGUUGCCCACUCUACAGCUGGCUAAUGGAUCUCGGCGACAAAGCAUGCAGGCAAAGGCAGGACCCUACUGGUCAAUCAUGCUGGAGGUUUCCGAGUCCAGUAUGAAACCGGUUAACCACGACACACUGCUGAAAGAAUGCAUUCAGGGCCUCGUCAAUACUGAAAUGUUGAAGGAGGACGAUGAGAUUGUUUCGACAUACCACCGCCGAUUCGAUCAUGGAUACCCUACCCCAUCGCUCGAACGAGAAGGUGUGCUCAAAGAAUUACUGCCAGCUCUCCAGGACAAGGGCAUCUACAGCAGAGGGCGAUUUGGAUCAUGGCGAUACGAAGUCGGGAACCAGGAUCACUCAUUUAUGCUGGGCGUGGAGGCGGCAGACAACAUUGUGAAUGGAGCGGCAGAACUCACACUCAAUUAUCCCGACUUUGUGAACAGUCGCCAGAAUACGGAGCGACGUCUUGUUGAGGGCGCGCAGCUGUUUGGAAAGAAGGCUAACGACAGCAAUGUUGUUGUUGGACGACGAAUGACGGGUGGGAAGGCUGAACUCGGAGGCCGUGUGGAAACCAGCAGUGCCAAGAGGGCCUGA